CUGUCGUCGCACCACACCAAAGAGCGAUCAGCGUCCGCAUACGAUCCUGGUCGACCAUACUUAGGAGAAGCCACGCCCGCCAUGGCGGCCUCUUCCACCACCGACUCGACGUUGUCGAGACCCUCCUCCAUCGCUCCUCCAGCGUCUCGCCGUCUUCCCAGGUCGCGCAGCCAGAGUUUCUCAAGCGACCGCCCCUCUACCAUCAUGAGCCACAGCCUCAUAUCCCCUCCUUUGUCCGUAUCGCCAGAGGCUGCCUUCAUCGCUGCAUCGGCCGCCUCUCAAAUCGUGACGAAUGACCACGACAGCCACGCCGACACCUGGUACGAUCAGCAUGGCAUCGAGCCUGCCGGCGAGACAGCAUUGGUUUCGCCAGGCGCACUCAAGCUCGUCAACAGCUUUCUUGACCAGCUCCUUUUCAACUUCCUCCAGGUCUCCCGAGCCACUACCUUGACAGCCCUUCGCCCUGCCGUGUCUGAAGUCUUGAAGCCCAAGCUUGCAAAAGACGCCAUUAACAAUGCCGACGAAGAGCUGCGAGAAUAUCUUGGGGGAGCCGAUGAGGAUGAGUUUGCGGCACCGCGAGACACACACUCGCUUCGAGACUGGGAUCUCGAACUGGUGUGGAAGCGGACUCGUCUGAGAUGUAUGGUAUACUCAUCACUGGGUGACAUGGAAGAGGAGGAUGAGGACUUUUACACGGAACAAGAGAACCUGGAGCCCGGUGCCGAGGAGCAAGGCUCCGAAAUCAUUUCGCCCGCCGUCGCCAUCUUCUUGACGUCGAUCCUCGAGUUCAUGGGCGAGGCGGCACUCGUGCUAGCGGGCCAGGCCGCUUACCACCGUAUGCGCACCAACUUUGAGAGGUCUCUGAAAGAUGGGUCCAAGAGCCACAACGACAUUGCCGAUCGAAUCGUGGUCGAGGAACUCGACAUGGAACGUGUGGCUUUGGACAGGACACUCGGUCGCCUGUGGAGGGCUUGGAAGAAGAGAAUCCGUUCUCCCAUUCCAGACACCCCUCGGCGCUUUUCUCAGAGCUCCAGGGGCCACUUCCGACAGGGAAGCAGCCCUAGUGAGACAGCACGUGCUCUAGACAGGACAGAAGAGACGGAAUCCGGGUUUAAGGAGAAGGUACUGGAGGAGAAAGAACCGGCAAUGGACCGGGUCGAAGAGUUUGUCAAGGCGUCUGCCAUACCCUUACCGGUUGGCGACCAUGACAUUGACGAGAUUGAGGUACCUGGCCUCAUUUCGUACAGUGACGACGAAGGCGAUGGAGACGAAGAAGACGAUGACAAUGAGCGCCGCGCGCCACGUCCGAAGAGCAUGAUGAUUUUCUCGCACCUCUUCACCAAUGCACUCCCCAGCCCAACCUGGUCUCAACCUCGGACACCACUGAGCCCUAUACCCUCGAGCCGCAAGAGGUCAAACUCUCUGCCCACGCCAUCACCAUCACCUUAUGACUUGCCUGCUGCCAAGCGCCCCAAGGUCGAGGCUUUUCCCAGUAAACUUGCCGACGAAGUGGACGUCGACUCCGACAAAGCAAUUUCCACAGAAAUCAUCACAGAGGCGGUCGAGUCAACAGAGGGCUCCGCACUUGCCGCUCAGCCGCUCACUGAAGAUUCACCCAUAUCUCCAGGCAUUUCUGAUGACUCGGCCGAAGCCGCUGCGAAGCAUCAAAACGAUCAGGCGAGCACAUCGGAAGCGGUUCAAGAGUCCACCUCGGUGGGCCAGGAACAAGCCCCCCCAGAAUUUGGGCGGAGGAGCUCCAAGCGCAUGUCUCGGAUCAUCGGCAGUACCGCCGUUGCCAGCACUGCUGUUGCUGCCGCUGCCACGGCCGCUGUUACCACGAGUGCUACUGCAGAGAAGCCUGUGCAACAACAACAGUCAACCAGGGUCCAGGACGCGUCUGAUGGUGAAACCGACGAGGUGGAGGACUUUACUGAAGAACCGCAAAUACUUACCUCAGCGCGAGUGUCCUUUGCUGGCCGCAGCUCUCCCUCCGUUUCCGACUCCAGUAAAGUGCCGCCUAUCAAUACCAACAUUCCUCAGAGGACCCCAAGUGUGCACUCGGCCCGCGUCAUAGACGUCGUAGGCCCAAAAAGCCCCAUCGGUCGCUCGAGAACGCCUUCGGCUGAAGGAUCUGAGCGGAUAAGGCCGACAAGUUUAUCGCGAAGGAGCAGCGUACACACACCUCCUAUUGUUGAAGAAAAACCAAGACCGGCUCCGAUCGACACGCUUAUGCGCAACGCCGGCCCUGCGCCAGGAACCCGGUCACCCGCUGAGAGGCUCACGCGGCGACAAGGCACGAACCUUUCAAUUUCCGAGGCUGAGGAGGAGCCUGAUUACGUACCAAAUCGCGAUGUGGCAUCGAGGUAUGCACCUCAGACACCGAAUGAGCUCCAGACCCAGUUUGAGGAAUCAGACCAGCCCAUUUUUGGGUCUGCAGUUCGACAGCCGGGGUCUCCUCGGCAAGAACACCAUCCUGCAACAACCAAAGUCACGAUCCUGAGCACAACGGACUCCCGCGAAGAGCCAUACUCUGCAUCAAACGGACACACGACCAGCAUUGGUGUCGUGUCAGUCGAGCGCCAAUCUCCUGGCCGCGAUUCGCCUGAGCGUGCGCGACAGAUACACACCUCUGGCUCAUCAGGCUCGUCCAAUGCUGGCAAGAUCAGGCCACUGAGGACCUCGGAAGAGAGUAAAGGGUCGCCGCGUGUCGAAAACGUCGCUCGCAAUUUCGAGGAGCUCAUACAGAGCGACCAGACCAUACAGUACACUCUGACGCCGGAGAACAUGCGCGAUGUCAAGCCAUCCCGGUCAGCUCAGAACAGCCCAGUCGCGGGUCCUAAGUCGAGAAGAAGCGAAGACGUGCGCGUAGCUGACCGCGAGCGAUCUCACCCCAGCUCCAAUACGGCUGUCAAGCGGUCGGGGUCUACCAGUCGUGCAACCGGAUUGAACUCUCACCCUGUCAGCGAGCCCAAGCCCAACGCCAAACCCACUGGGUACAUACCCAGAGCGCCGCCAAAUGCCAGUACCAAUCGGUCCAAGUCUGGCGGUCCUCAAGCCAGAGAUGCUCGUGUCCCACGCGAGUCCAUGAUCGACUUUGCCGACUUCAUUCGCAGUACUGGCCCCACGGGCGAGAAUGGCCCUGCCCCCCUUCGCAACGGAAAUGGACAAGUACCAUCAGUCAAAAACAGCAUCGACAGUAGACGGGUGUCGUCGAACAGCAACCGGCCCCGUCUCCAAGCUCGCGAUGCGGCUGUGGACAGCCGGGAGGACAAUUCUGAUCUCAUUGACUUCAUCCGUCGGGGUCCCCCAAGCUCGCACAACAAUCCUCGCAUCCCACGCCAUGUGGCUCCCUUCCGCAGUACCAUGGACUCAGACCAGAUGACAGGCGCCAUCGGCGGCAAGGCCAUCGACGCCAGUUUGCCCAAUAUCCGAUACAGCCAAGCCUCGACAAAUGUGACUGAUGUCACGAUGCCUUCGGUUCAGUCAUCUGUGAACUCUCAAAGUGCUCUUAUCAAAAACAAUAGGCAGAAUGAUGUCAUUGACGAAGAGGAUCUUAUGCCCAAGCGCACUCAGCGGCGUGUCAAGGAUCCCUACGCCAUUGACUUCAGCGAUGAAGAGGAUGAGGACGACCUCGAUGGACCCCCGAGGCCGCCCCAGAAGCAGGAGGAAAAGCCUGGCGGAUUUUCUUGA